AUGAUGGAUCGCAAAAGCGACGAAGCCGAACCUGGCAAUAAUGUCGUUGCGUCGUCUGUCUGCCAUCCGACAUCACUCGCAGACAGAUCUGACUCUCUGGCGCCUGCCUGGUUGAGCCUACCAGCCGAAAUCUGGCAGCGCAUCGUGGAGUACCUCCUCCCUUCGAUUCGACCUGAAGACCACAUUUUUCCUCACCCCCAUUGCAAGUCGUUGCACGAUCACGUUCCUUAUCGGAGUCGUUACAAAGAGGACUUGUUUGCUUUGGCUGCGGCUUGCAGACGACUGGAGAGACUCGCUCUGCCAGCGCUUUUCCGAGCAAUCGAUCUACCUGCCACUGGGCAGCGUAACAAAUUUGUCGACCUUGUUUGUCGGAAUGACGAAGGCCAAAUGGUACCGAAGGAGUCCCAAAGGGCUGCAUGGAUUCGCUCGCUUCGAGUCGAAAGUAAAGUCGUUUCGGAUGACGACCAUCACCUCGGAUGGUAUUUUUGCGCUUGUGACACACAUGUUCUUUCGCAUGUGGCUACCGGGCUGCGCUUUCUGUCGCUCGACUGUACCGACGAGCGUGCUCGUGACUACGGUUAUUCGGAUGGAGACGACAAUUUCACCGACCUCGGGCCUGUUUGCCACCCUUUGCCACACUUCCUAGCAACCAGCACGACAUGUCGGCCGUGUAGCUUGAGACUAAGCGUGCGGGAUUUCGGAGGGUCUGAACCGGCAUCGAUAACUCUUCGCGGUGUCAACUCCUUUGCGCCUCUUUCUCAGACAACACAUCUCGAAAUAGCACACUUUCUACCGCAGGACGAUCUGCUUGCCAUUCUGGUCGGAGACCCUCAAUUUGCGCGUCAGUCGAAGAAGGUCCGGGAAGGCAUCUCUGCCGGCCAAUCACCCCGAUUGAAGCUCGAAUGCCUUCGAUUGUCUUGUGGAGACAACGAUGUACUACGCGGCUUCGAUGAGUACGUUGCCUAUCGCUUCGCUCUUCAAGAAUACGUACGGCUCCCACGAUCGCAGCAAGACGCGGUACCCACUCCUGUGGAGCCAGACAACGCAUGGCUCGAGCCUCAAAAGGCCCUCUACGACUUGGCCGCUUCGGCGGGAAGAUUACCACUUCUGAGGCUCUUAAUUCUCGAAGUGUGCAAUAAUCCCAAUUAUCUGUCAGCAGACUCAAUCGACAACCUUGCGCGUGGCAACUCAAUCGAGGAUAUGACCGGAAAGCUUCCCUCCCAAGCGACUGGCACAAAAGGCUACGCUUCCUCUUCAGUGUCAUCCUCUUUCAGCCAGGCUACUCGUGGUGGCCAAAUGGAGAGCCUCGCGACUGGCCUUCAAGAUGGUGAACCCAUAGAUAGCAAAUGGCAACAUCAGAUUUCUUGGUCGGAUUCUUACUGGAGACGGGUUCAUGAAGGCAAGUUGGCUCUCAGACGUCUUUGGGAUGGUAGUCGUCCUCAAACAGUUGAAGGGGCGGUCCCGGUGAGCACAGAAAUCCGAAUCGUAGCUUCGCGAGAUUCCCGAUAUUAUAGCAACAAGGGUGCAGAGGAUUGUACUUGCGGCCAUCCGGAAAGUCGUGCGUGGUUUGAAGAUUUCUACACUUCGCAGGGAGGUCAAACGCGCGGCACUUCGACACAUAACGCUGGAAUCUGGGCUGAUCCGGACAUAUUUUCUUUGGUCGAGUCGAGACCCUGGCUUCCAUAUCGCCAGCUGGGAAAGUUUGACUGCUUCUAUUGGACCGGUGAACUCCCCAGGGACAGCAGACCGAGUGCCGCUGUUUCGAAAGCAGGCGAUUUGACGGAGCGCACCAUUGUACCUCCCUUGGUCAGAUUGGAUCAAGACACGCUCAACAAGCUACGGGAAGAAGAAGAUGGACAAAGAUUGGAGCGACGAGCUGUUCCGCGGACCUCAGCUCGGGCAGCAUCCAGCGAAAAGCGACAACGAAUUGAAUGA